CAGAGAAUGGACUAGGGAGAGUUUCCAUUUCAUAACAAUACUCACUAUUUCUGCUUGGUUAGUGUGCUGUGUUCUAGGGAAGGAGUUUGGGCAUGAUGUUGAUUUUAUUCUCACCACCCCUGAGUCUGGAAAGGAAGAAAGCCUCCUGGUUGGUGUUAUAAAAAAGCUCCAUACUAAAGGUCUCCUCCUGUACCAUGAGCUCCACCCUGCGACAUUUGACGUUACAAAGCUACCGAGCCGGAAGUUUGAGGCCAUGGAUCAUUAUCCGAAAUGCUUCCUGAUUCUGAAGCUGAGGAGCAAGCCACUGGAUGAUUCUGCACAAGCAGAUGGCGCCUCCCAGAGGGACUGGAGAGCAGUGCGUGUGGAUCUGGUGGCCCCGCCUAUCAGCCACUUCGCCUUUGCCCUGCUUGGCUGGACUGGGUCCAGGCAGUUUGAACGAGACCUGAGAAGGUUUGCCCAGCAUGAGCGGAAGAUGUUACUGGACAACCACGCUCUGUAUGACAAGACUAAGCAAAUCUUCCUGUUAGCAAAGACCGAAGAGGAAAUAUUUGCUCACUUGGGUCUUGAGUACAUUGAACCCUGGGAGAGAAAUGCCUAACUAGCACAUCGUUUCCUGCCAAAGGCAGAGACCCGGCUUUCAUAUCUCUGCACAUGCUGGCCUGCUUGUAUCACAUGAUGCUUGAAGAAGAGCAUGAUGGAUCACCUGGAUCACAGUCUUCUUAUGAAUUGGUCUAUUAAAAGAUUAUUAAAUAGAGCAGGUCAAGCGCUCUGAGAACUCCCUGAAACCUCUUUGCUUGUCUCCUCUUGCUCUAGGAUCAGCUUUAAAAGCAAUGCAUGUGCCAGCAUUUAUAUUCAGACCCAGGAGUGAAGCUUUCAGCUUAUAAUUACUAUCGCAUGCCCAACUCUGCAAGUUCACAACUUGGGUGUUUGAAGAAUUUUUCUUCAUAUAGUAAUUGCUUUAUCCCACAUGGGUUCGUAAGUAGGUCUAUGGUGUUAUUUAUUGAAUAGUGGUGCAAGCAAUAACUGACAGUAUGUUUUCCAGCUCAUCGAGCAGGAACAAUUAGUUUCAAACAAGAUUUGCACAUUUGAUCAUGGUAUAUCAAUAAAAUCUAAAUGCAAUUCAAAUUUUUUGGAUGCAUUUACUGUUUUAGACAGAGUGGUCAGAUUAGGUUCAGUUGAUCGAAACUGCAUUUAAGUUUCAUCCAAGCUGUUGCAACCCUUUAGCAAAAAUUAAAGCUCCUUGAAUCUGUGCCACGCAUAGCUUAUAAAUACUGACACCAACUUGCAUUGAGUGUCUCUGGCUAUUUGCCAGAAUCGACCCUAAUAAUUAAGGAAAAUGAAUUAGUCAUCUAUGGGGAGACACUCAAUGGAAGAAUUAAGCUACUGUCAAUUCUAAUGGAUCCUAUUCCAGUCCUCUGCUCUCCCAGUCCACCUACCCAUGUCCUGGAAAUAUCAAGGCUGUUUUCUAGCUCCAUUCAUUUGUCAGUAUGAAUAUUAAGAAUGGGGAUGUAGAGAAGCAGUUGUAUGGAGACUGAUUCCCUUGAAGGCAGCAAUGUCAUUUGCCAUGAAAAAUUAUGGCUGAGCCAUCAACAAAGGCCCUUGUGGUAUAGAACGUCCAUUAACAGAAACCCCGUGUCUACAAAGAGACCCAGGAGUGUAAAAUGACAUCGCAAUUACUGGAUUGUAAAAUGUGAAUGCCCUUUAACAAGCCAGUUCUUACCCUAGCCUCCUUCUGUGUUUAUCUGUCUGUUUGAGUUUGACUACACUUGUUUUGCAUCAUAUGUUUUUAGAUAAGUACUUGAAAGAAAUAAAAUAUUUAAAAAAAAUGUAUUACCAAAGCAGUGUUCAAGAAACAAGGGAAUGGUCUCAAAAUAGUCCUCAAAAUAGUCACCAUUCCUCUUGCUAACAACUUCACAGACAAGAGGCUUUCAGUUAACAGGUUUCGGCAGGAAAUCAUCUGAUGUAUCUUCCAGUUCGUCUGAGGUAAUUCCCAAUCAGCAGUAAUCCUGAUGGGGUGCCAUGCCUUUGUAGUAUGCAACAAUGGCCAAGAUGGUUGAGAUUCACCAAAUCUGUCACCAGCAAUACAACCCUAGACCAUGACACUGCCUGCUUCAUGCUUGACAGUUAGAUGCAUACAUGUACCCUCUUUGAGUUUUAUAUGCACAGUAAAGUAUAAGAAUAAUAAUAUGUAUAUGUAAGAGUAGCAUAGAUAAUUGUUUUCAAACAGAUGUACUUCGACUUGCACUAUGGCAAUUUGUGAUUCUAAUUUAUGACAUCAGAAUGAAAUUUUUUUAAUGUGUCAGAUCCAGUUACCCUGUUUAACCUAUAAAGCAGGGGCAAGGGGGCAA